GAAACCUCUUACUCCAUCUUGGGUCACCUCUAAAGGAUCCCUCUUUAUAAUAACUAGGUAUGUGGACAGGGAACUACACACCUCUGAGGAAAUAGUCAAAUAGGUCAAGACACUCUUGUUUGGCAAAAAAACUUCUUCAUUUAAUCUUUUGUUUCAGAAGCAAAUAUGUUGUACCUCAAGUCACUGGCAGGAGUUGGUUUCUCUUACUCGGCUAAUGAAUCAUUUUACACCCAUGUGAAUGAUGAGAUUACAGAAGCAAAUAUGUUGUACCUCGAGUCACCGGCAGGAGUUGGUUUCUCUUACUCAGCUAAUGAAUCAUUUUACACCCAUGUGAACGAUGAGAUUACAGCACGAGACAAUCUUAUAUUUCUGCAACGCUGGUUUGCCAAAUAUCCAGAAUACCGAGACAGAGAUUUUUUUAUCGCAGGAGAGAGCUAUGCAGGUCACUAUGUGCCUCAACUCGCCCAGCUCAUUAUUCAGUCCAAUUUGAAGAUCAAUUUGAAGGGGAUAGCUGUAGGGAAUCCUCUUCUGGAUUUCAGCAUUGAUUUAAACUGGCCAUACGAGUAUUACUGGUCUCACGGCUUGAUAUCAGAUGACAUUUAUCAACUUGUCACUAAAGUUUGUAAUGGUUCAGCUCAGAUCAUGAGAGGAAUCAUAAACCAAGAAGGAAGUGAAUCAGCUUGUAUUGCUGUAACUUUACGAAUCAAACAACUUACUGACACCAUCGACCCUUUUGAUGUCACUGGUGACAUUUGUCUAUCACCUAUUAAUUCACAUAUGUACAUGCUAUAUAAGGCCUUCUUGUCUAAAUUUCGAACUUUGCCACCUCUCAAUUCAAAACUAGAUGCUCUCAGUCAGCACAUGCUGAAAAGAAGGAACUGGUCUGUGGAGAAGGUAUCACAGAAAAGUAUUUAAACAGGAAAGACGUGCAGAAGGCUCUCCAUGCCCAACUCGUUGGAUUCAAAGAAUGGGGUAUCUGCCAAGAUAUCAAAGUUCUGCAAUAUGAUAUGACAAAUUUAGAGAUACCUACAAUUGGUGUCUUAGGCUCACUCGUGAAGUCUGGCAUCCGGGCCUUUGUUUACAGUUAUAGUGAUACAAUCUCUUUAAGCUCUUUGCUAUUUAAUUACUUAAUAUCCUUUAUCACAUUUGAAGAACAGAAAAAGGUCCUGCUUAUAAUUGAUUUGAUUUUGAUGUAAUUUGAUAGUGGAGAUCAAGAUUCAAGAAUUCCAUUUACUGGGUCUCGAACACUUGUAGAUAAAUUAGCAAAGGAGCUGGGUCUGAAAACAACUGUGCCAUACAGAGUAUGGU